AGUUGAAACCAGCUUGGGCAAAGAGCAGCGCUGCCAUGGCAGUGCAACUCGAGGGGGAGGCGACGCUAACCUCGGAAGACCAGCACAGCACCGAGGAUGCGGUCCUGGCGCUGUUCAAACAUGCCUUCCUAAACAAUGCCGCCCAGGACAUCUCCUUGCAGAGGGAGCUUCACCGCGCCUGGCUGAAAAAGGGCCUUGUGUCCCUGCCGCCGAACUUCGCUGGCCUGGACGCCUCAAGGCCUUGGUUCGUUUUCUGGAUCACCCACGCCUUGGAGCUUCUGGGUGAUUAUGACGAACCCCAUUGGUCCUACCAGGUGGCUGGCUUCAUAGCUCACUGCCAGGAUCCCACCGGAGGCUUUGCCGGGGGUCCGCAACAGCUGCCCCAUUUGGCACCCACUUACGCAGCGGUGUCCGCUCUAGUAGUUGCGGGCACGGAAGCAGCAUACAAGGUGGUGGACCGCAAAGCCAUGUACGGCUUUCUGAUGCGGAUGAAGAGCCCAGAUGGAGGCUUCAAAAUGCAUGAUGAGGGCGAGACGGACAUGAGAGGAUGCUACUGCGCGAUCGCCACAGCCUCCAUGCUGCACAUGCUCAGCGAUGAGCUGCUGGAGGGUGUGCCAGAGUACAUCAGCAGGUGCCAAACCUGGGAGGGUGGCAUUGCCGGAGAGGAGGGCCUUGAGGCACAUGGAGGAUACUCCUACUGCGGCCUCGCGGCACUUUGCAUUGCAGGCAAGGCCGACGCUCUGGACUUGCACAGCUUCCUGAAGUGGGCGGUGCACAAGCAGAUGAGCCACGAGGGCGGCUUUCAGGGCCGGGCCAACAAGCUGGUGGAUUCCUGCUACUCCUUUUGGCAGGGCGCCAUCUUCCCUCUGCUGCAUGAGGCCUUCAGACAGAAAGGCGGAAGCAUGCCGCUGCCUGACGACCACUGCUGGUUCUCCCCACAGCCGUUGCAGAUGUACCUCUUGCUCGCUUGUCAGCAUCCCAACGGCGGCCUGCGCGACAAGCCAGGGAAGUCUGCGGACUUCUACCACACCUGCUACGCGCUAAGCGGCAUGGCAGUGAGUCAAUAUGACGUCCAGGGCAACACCUCCAUUGUGGGAGACAUCCACAACCUUUUGGAGCGUACAGACAUUUACUACAAUGUCUUGGUGGAGAAGGCAGAGAGACGAAGCGCCUACUUCAACUCCCUGCCGCCCUUGGAAAUUGAUGGACGGUCCUUGCAAGGUGGUGAAGGGCCCGGCGCAGUUGCCUGGCGAAAGCGCGUGCUUGCAAGCAGACGUGUGCAGGAGGUGGACGCAUCGCCCAGUUCCGCCAUAGGCCGCAAGGGCGGCUAUGCAGGCGGUGACGUCGAGUGAGCGCAGAUUCGACAA